AUGCGAACCGAACGCGGCAAUGCAGUUGCUUCCUCGGAAGCUGGGGCAAUCUGGUUCCAACUUCUUCAAGCAAUUGGAGUGCCAUGCUCGAGUUCCGACGAUUCAGACUGGCUCUCACCGUGGAGGCUGCUGCUUCAGACGCAGUACGAACGGUUCAUCGCUCACUGGUACAGACAAACAGAAGAACCAACACGUGCUGAGGUGGAGGAAUCACUUGGUCGUCUUUGCGUAGGUGACUCGCUAGGCCUGGAUAUAUCUGCGGAGAACGGCGACGCUGAGCGGAUACCGUUGGAGUUUUUAGGCUCGGGGCACGAUACGCUGUCGCUGCAUCAGAUCCCGGUGGCGCUUGUCCAUAUGGAAAAAUUCUGUUUCGCUCUUGAAUCGGCCCUGGAAGGUGUCAACAGAGAGCCGGCGCGCACCGACGUCCAGCCGGCGAGUCAGGGUGGCGACAGCGUUCAUACGGGUGCUGAAUCCGUGGUUACGGGGCUCUAUGCUUCCUGUCCGGACGUUUCAAGUAUCAUUGGAGUGCUGUACGCAUGGAUCAGGGUCGGUAUGCAGCUGGAAGAGCAGUGUGGUGCUGCCUUAGUGCGUCGCAAGCGGGCCGUGCAAUUCAGCCAAGAGGGCGCACCUGAGAAGCGAGCAGCAUCGGAGCAAAACUUUCGCAAUGGCGACAAACAAGAGAGAGACGAGCGCUUCCGAAACCAGACUACUUGCCGUGUAACAAGUGAUAGAGCCUCCAGUUCCGACGAUUCAGCCGAGGACUCACAGGGAAAAGACCAUGAGCAAGCCAGUACCGGGCUUUCAGAUGUUUUGUUCACGCAGACACGCCUCAGGGCUGCGGUGCUUAGCAUGCUCGCUAGCCAGGCGUACUGGCGUGUACUUUCCGUCAUGCCCGAAGCUUUCGUUCCCUUCGUCUUCAAGGCCGCUGUGCACGCCCUGAGGCAAAUGACGCGCGCGCAAGGAAUCGGAGCGCUCGUCGAGGAGGUCAGCACGAAAACGCUAUCCGCGCUUGCCGCUCUCUUCGACUCCAUACCAUGGAUUCGCUAUCUGCUGCGAAUCGGUAUCCAACAAGUGUCGGUCACAGGACCACUUCAGCCUCAAGGUCACCGCGGGUCGCCGCUCGCCGAUGAUGAUUCUAACUCAGCGGGCCUCGAAGAAUCCCUGAGCGGUGCAUCAGAACUCAUCCUCCGCAGAUUGGUUGCAGUCGGGCUGAACAAGCCACGUUCCACCAAGCUGCUAUGCUCGAAGGAACAGGUUUUUCGAAGUGCUUGGAAGAAUAUGAUCAUGGUGACUGCAUUCUCAUCCGAGCAGCUCGUUCGCGGAGCACUACGUCCUGUUCUGAAUCUGUUCAUAGAGGGUCUCUCUCUCAAAGGAGCGGCGCCGGUUAUCGAUCCCAGCCCAACCGCUACCCCGGCAGCGUCCAGUAAUGCGCUCCACUCGCUUUCGACUGCGUUGUGUGAGCUUCUCCAGGCUGCCGGGAGAGAGGCCCCAGAAGAGGCGGGCACAAGCAUUACGGAACGAAUCUCAGCCGCGGUGCUUGUUCUGCUUCAGCAUUUAAGCAUCCGAGCGCCGGAGACGGCGGUUCGUCGCUCCACUCUAGCACAGUGCAUUUUAUCCUUUUUGAUCACAAUGGAAUCGACCGAUAUCUACCGCUUCUGCUCUUUCGUUCAGAAACUCACACAGCAUCCACGUGCAGCGGUUCGAUGUCUGGCUUUGGAGAUCGCUGCGAACAUCGAGGAGGAGCCGGAUGAUGACCCCGCUAAGUCUUCAGAGGACGCCGCGGUAGCCUGGGCGCUCUUCUAUCGGUCAAUUUGGGCUCGAAUACGUGAUCGUCAUGCCCUGGUCCGAGCACGGGCGCUUACUGCCACAGCUGCAGCCUUGGAUCACCUUGCCGGUGCGAAUCAGUCCAAGGCGCGAGCGCUGCUGCUCCGUGAGCGCCAACUACUCAUCAGUCGAUUGCGGGACGAAAAAGCACCCGUGCGAAAGAGUGCCCUCACGCUCGCGUUCAUAACGCUGGAGAUGCUGGCGCAGCGAAGCGAAUGGACAAGAGCUGCAGAUCGCAUCCUGGCUGCUGUGCAGGAGCGAUGUGCAGAUACACACCUCGCGGUACGACUCGCAGCUGCACAGCAGGUUACGAGACUCGCCAGUUCGGCACCGAGUGCGUUUCGAGAGCGCUUCAUCAACGCCUGGUGUGACAGCGUGUUGCAACUGGUCUACGAUCCAGAGCCGGCUGUCGUUGAAGCGUGCCUUGAAGGCUUUCUGGAGCUCCUCUUCAGCGCUCAAAACAGCGUCGCGGAUGCACCAGCGGAAACCCAGUCGCAGGUGUGCCCACUCGUUGGGAACACUGUGCUCACGAUAGCGGCUGGGAAAGGAGACCCACGAAGACCGUUCCUGUUCCUGCUGUGGCAUCGCUUAAGCCAGCGAGCGCCGCUACCAGACACCCUCUAUCAGUGGCUCUGUGAAAGUGCGCAUCCACAGGGGCAACCGGGCGCCUGGCAUCUGCUUGCUCAACUCACAUCCUAUGCGGAAACUGCGCGCCAGGCAGUGGUGCGGCAUAUUCUGGAGUCUAACCAGCGGAUUCUGAUUGAUCUCGAUCCUGACGAUCCCGUAGCCAAUGAAGUGACUCAGGUUGUGGCUCAGACGGCGCCCGCUGCCGGCCGUCUGGUCCCGCUUAUCCAGAGUGAUGCGCGCACUCUACUGUUUCAGCUCCGAGGCAAUCCUGGUCGGAUACCAGCGCUCAUCCAGUGCCUUGCACGGGUUGCCACCAACCCGCAUUGGUCCCAAGAGCUCAUUCAGGCUUGUUCCGAGUUGCUCUCCCUUGAGCCGGCGGAAUACGCCUGUUCCUCGCUGGAGGAGCGGGCGUGUGCGCUUACGGCGUGGAGUGAGGUCGUCUUGAGCGGCCUCGCUGCGCCCGACGACGAGCGCCUUCGAGUGCGCGCAGAGGCUAUUCUCGCUGAUUCCGAGCGAAGCUCUGAGAAUUUGCGCGCCUAUGCACUACUGGCCCUGGGGAAACUCUGCAUUCGGGGCGAUGACACCCUUGCCCGGCAUGGGACCAGCGUGCUCCUUCGCGAACUGGAGACCAGUGCCUCCUCGGUGUUGCGGAAUAACGCGGUGCUCAUUCUCGCGGAUAUGUGUCGUGUAUUUUCAUGGCUUGCUGAUCAGUACGCUGUGCGUAUUGCAGCUGCAAUGCGAGAUCCGUCUCCACUCGUUCGCCGUCAAACCACGAUGGUGCUUACAGGUCUCCUCGAAGAAGAAUUCGUCAAGCCGAAAAAGGACGGGCUCGUGUUCCUCUUCCUAUCCGUAACGGAAGACGAUGAUCCGAUCGUGAGCAAGCUCGCCCGCCAGUGCCUCGAGAGAGUCUUCUUUCCCCGGAAUCCUGCCGAGCGGGUGCAUCAGCUCCUCGAAUCACUCUUCUACUUCAAUGACUGUACCUGUCACCCUCGAUAUAACCAGCAUGCUGGAAUGCACCAAUCUCGGGCGGAGAGAGCGCGCUUCACUUUUCCGCAACAGGAAGCGUCACGUCAUCGAAUAUACCAGUACUUGAUAAGCAACUGCACGGAUGAGCAAGUGCUUUUGAUUGCGGAUCGUCUCGCAGCGGAGCUCAUUGGCGGUCUACUGGACGGCGAGAUGGGGCCCUUUCCCGCUAUCCUGGACGAGGAUUCGAGCGUGUACAACGUUGUUUCGGAUACGUUGAAGCUGCUCGCCAGCCGGAAUCUCGCAGGCGAGCGUUGGCACCUCGGCACGCUAGGCUCCUCGAUGCAUUCCCUGGAAUGGAUCACAGAGGCAGAAACGGAAACGGAAACGACGGCCAUGUGGCUGUUACCUGCGGCAACGAAGCAAACUGUGAGAACAACGGGAGCACUCGCCACAGCGCCAGUCGCCAUCCAAAGCACCACUGGGGCACAAGCCGGCCUGGAAGCGCCGAGAAGCGCCCAAGGGCUCGCAUCCGCUCAAGCGCGGCCGACGACUCGAGACGCAUUGCCACGUGCUGGGAACGCUUCCGAGGAAACAGCACUGCAAGUGUUCCGGGGGCAUCUGCUGCCAGUGCUCGCGAGGCAGAGUCUCGAGCAGACCAUCCUGCCGGCUCUGGUUGAACUGCGUCGACAUUUCGAACAACUGAAACAUCCCCUAGUAGGCGUCGUUAUCGAAGCGAUUCGUGAGCAAUUGCGACCUCAUCGUGCAGACUUGUGGGUGCUCCUAAGAGACGACCCCGUGUUUGCCCGCGAAAUCGCGCAUGAUCUUCAUCAAGAGACAGCGGCUUUGGAGCGACAACGUGCAUCCAGCUCCGCUAGGGUAACCCUUUCGACGCAAGUCGCCAAAGCAGGGCAUACACCGCGUGGAACACCUGGACUGCGGCCAUAUCCAGACUCCAACAGUGCCGCACGACCGCGUCGCAGAGGCAGUUUUGGACCGCCGCCGCUUCAGGAAACAAAUCAGGAUCGUAGUCCACGCACGCCAGCUGCUCAGUUGAUGACAGUCAAACUCGUUCACGAAGACAUCUUGACGAGCCGCCUUCGACGACCACGGCAGUCCGGCUCGGGGACGAAGACACCGGCCACGCACUCCGUACGCAAGUGCGUAUCAUUCACGCCCAGUCUCGUAGAGUCUAGAACCGAAGCCGAGACCGAAGUAUCGCCACCAAGAAACUCCAGAGGCACACCGUACCCGCUGCACCGCGUCACGCCGCGCAGUGCGGGAGACCCCGCUUCUGGAACUCCCCUGUCGACAACGCUUCUCGACGCGGUGGACGGUCUCUCGAUCUCGUUUGAGGUACCGAAUCAGUCGUCGGUUCCAUAUGAGAGGCUCAUUCGCCAACGUCGAUGUCGACGACACCUGGACGGUCGCUACCCAUCGCCUUUCUAA